UGACGAGGCGGAGGUUGGUUCUGCAGUGCUAGUCUAGCUAGCUGCAGUACUGAAUGUGACUGUUGAUAGCCAGUUAGUCCUGGAAAUAUGGGUGAAGUAAUGCUUCAAGUUUACCGUUAUCAAGCUGUCCCCCAGUGCGUGGGCCCUUAAGCAUGUCCACAGAUGACAGUAUAUCUGAGGACGUGUCCAGCUCGGGGGCCUUGAGCCACUGCCACGUUGACGCCAAUGGAGACGAGGGGAAGGAGAGCGAGGCCUCGCUGGUGUCCUCGGAGGGGACCUCGGCCUCGGGGCUGGCCGGGCCGGAGGAUGGACACACCCACACCUCGCAGACCACGGUCGGCGCUGUGGAGAGCCGAUCCAGGACCAUCACGUCGGCGUGCAGUAUCCCCCAGAAGAUCAGGAGCCUGUGUCUGAGCACGGAGGAGGCGUUCGGGCAGGGCCGGAGCCUGCCCUUCAUCAACCCCAGCUCUCUGGAGACCCUUAGGGCUCUGGUGAAGGAGAUCCAGAGCAGCGGGGAGACAGACCCUGAGAUGUGGAAGGACUGUGAGGGCCGAUGGCUGCACUUGUUUCAGCUGGUGGAGAAACAAUACCAGGAGCAGAUCCUAGCUCAACAAGAGCAGUACCAGUGCCAAAUACAGCUGAUCCAGGAUGAGAUCAAAGCCUUGGUCCAGCUCCAGCACCGCUCCUCCACCCCCUUCAGCGUCCUCACACAGGAGCACCAUCACAGGCCCACGUCCCAUCCCCCAACCCCCCCCGCGGACCUCGACAACGGGACCUACCGCCUGGCCGCGCCCCCCUCCCUGAGCUCCACGUCUCCUUCCCCCCCGCCCCCGGGCCGGGCGGCGGGGAACCCAGGGGAGAGUGCUGAUGCGCGGGCAGCCACGGUGCUGAGCAGUGGGUAUGGGACCCUGUCUGCCUGGGAGACUGGGCCAGACCUGGAGGACCCUGGCUGUCAGGAGAGCUCUCCCAAAGACAGGACGCCUAAAGAGGGCGCAGGCUCACUCGGCGUUUUGGCUGCCCAGCACGGAUCCCCCAGGAGCUCCAGCCAACCUCUAACCUCCUGGGCCCAGAGACAGAAACUCAGGGCCAAGAAGAGUAAGCCAGGGCCAGGCCAGCCCUCCUCCCAGCCCUCCCCCCAGCCCUCCCCCCAGCCCCUGGAGCAGCUGGCCAGCCCCGCACACAGCCCCCUGGAUCACACUGACCUCCAGGACCAGCAUCGAUCGGCUGCUCCGUCAACAAACUCAUUUCCCCUGGGGAGAAGUGACAGUCUCCUGUCUGAGGCCUCAGGCCUGACGUACUGGCGGCUGGACGAGAGCGACCUCUACCGCCCCCUACCUGACAGCUUCGACAGCGGCGCCUACCUCCUGCUGCACGAGGCCUCCAUGAGCGUGACCCCCCCAGAGGAGGAGGAGCCUAAACUGUCUCUGAGAGAGAUCUACCAGAGCAAGCAGAGAGAGUCCAAACACUGUGACUGGGACGGCUCUGUCACUCCCAGUCCCAUGUCUCCACAGGUGUUAACCCUGGACCCCACGGUCCACGUGCGGCAGUCGGACCGCACCUCGGGCUUCACCUCCCCCUCCCACUUCAGCAGCCCCUCCUUCCCCGCGCCCCCCCAUCAGGGCUACCCCGGCACCCCCGACAGCAUGGCAGACACCGCCAGCCAAUCCGGAGACACCGACUGCACCUCCAACGCGUCCAGCCUGUCCGCUCCCCUGCCGACCCCAGCCAAAGGGCACCCUCCCUGGGAAUCACCCCUCCCGGGCGACCCGUCCACCUCCCAGUCCCAGCAUCGGGCUCCUGCGAGCGGCCAGCCGCCCGGGGCCAGGGCCCCUCUCGCCAGCGAGGAGGAGGGAAGUCGCACACACGCCGCCGGCUCCUCCAGGCUGAGCCCAUGGUCGAGGGACGCUCACACGCCGCCCGGCGUCGGCUCGCAGGGGGCCGGGCGCUCUGCCGUGGAGAGGGCGGCGUCGCUGGAGGAUCCCGUGGUCGUCUCCCUGUUGAGGCAGAACCUGAGAGAGAAGCACUCGAGGCACGUGGCCGACCUGAAGGCCUACUACGAGGCGGAGAUCCGAGCCUUGAGAGACCAGCUCAGCCUGAGAGACCUGCCCCAGGACCUGGAGAAGAGCAACCUGGCCCUCCAGCACAGGUGUGAUCAUUUGGAGAGAGCUCUGACUCAAGCCAGGAGCUGCAUUCAGGAGCUGGAAAAUAACAACUGCAUCCUGGAGAAGAAACUGGCCGACUGGCCGGAGCGCUACGCGGUGGCGGGCGCCAUGGUGACAGCCCUGCAGCAGCGGUUGGAGGAGAGCAAGCGUACGGGCGGCGAGAAGGAGGCCCAAGCCGCCCGCGUCCGGGCCCGCGUGCGGCAGCUGGAGGAGGAGGCCCAGAGGGCCUGCGGGGAGGCCGGCGAGAAGGAGGCCAGGAGGGAGAGGGAGUACAACAUGCUGCAGGAUCUCCUGGGGGAAUACGACUCUCUGAGGAAAGACCACGAGGGGGUGAAGGACAAUUUGGUGUCGACGGAGAACAAGCUCUUUGAUGCCAAUGAGCAGAUAUCGGACCUGAAGAGGGUGAUCUCUAAGCUGGAGUCUCAGGUGAAACAGCUGGAGCAUGAGAACCAGGCGAGGAUGCGCUUCGCUCCCCACAGCCACACACAGCCCUCGGGAGCUGGGCUGUACCACCACCCCGACCUGCUGCUGUCACCAAGCAAACACUUGAGAGAGCCAGAGAACACCUAUAGGAGGUCAUCUGCUUCUCAGUCAGACCAAUCAAACGGCAGCAGGAAGUCCACUGGUCCUCAAAGUGACCAAUCCAAUGGCUACAGGAAGUCAACCCACCUUCAAACUGACCAAUCCGGUUGUGAUGGCUCUAUGAACAACUAUUUCACCUCUGACAGUCGGAGGUGUCCCACUCCCCCAGAACGAGAGCAGGGCCAGGGCCCGGAGCAGGGGGCUGGCCUGAGAGAGCCAGGCAGGAGGGACGGGCCCCUGACCCCUGUGAUGAGGGCCCUCAUCGAGCUGGAGGAGACCAGGGCUACGGAGAGCAGGGCCCCCUGUAAGAACAGCUCCUCCCUCUCCCACAGGCUGGCCAAUGGGAGGCCCACUGUUGGCUUUGUGGAGCGGAGCCGCAUCGAGUCUGUUCAGGAAAGGGGCAGGGCUGUACCUGCAGGGGGUGUGGCUGGACCUGAGAGAGGUGGAGCUGGACCUGAGAGAUGCGGGGCUGGACCCGAGAGGGGCGGAGCCAGACCUGAGAGGGGCGGGCCUGGGCCCGAGAGGGGCGGGCCUGGGCCCGAGAGGGGCGGAGCUGGACCUGCGAGGCGUGUCGUGGGAGGAGCAGCUCUGCUGAGGGCCCAGAGGAGUCUGUCUCCAGAGGGCCACAGGUCCUCCUCCCUGCCUCCCCAAGGCCAACACACCUUCCCCCCAUCCACCCCCACCAAAAGAGAGACUCUGAUCAAGCCUCUGUCGGCUAAGUCCAGUCCCAAACGCUGUCCCACAGAGAACUUCUCAACUGCCUUUGGUCAACCGCUACCACGACAACAAUACCUGCACAACAGGUUUGACGUGCCAUUAGACCAGAGACGCCAUUCGUUCCACAGUGCCAGCCCCAGGAAGAGACUGCACUUCACAGCGCUUGACAGACAGGAAGCCUCCCAGCAGUCGUGUGUGCCGGCCGACUCCUCUGAGGGUGUGGACCCAGGGGAGGGUGGCCCCCGGCUGGGCUGGGUGGAGCUGGGGCCAGGGGGAGCUGCUCCAGACCUCCAGGACUCCAGGGAGGAGGCCGCCCUGUCUCUCCAGCCCAGGCUGCACUCACUGGCUGAUGCCGAAAGGCUGUUCGACGAGCUCACGCAGGAGAAACAGCAGAUUGAGUCUGCUCUGAGCCGGAUGCCCGGGGCUGGGGGGAGAGUGAGUCUACAGACCAGGUUAGAUGAGGUGGCCUUAGAGAACCGUCUGGAGAGAGUAAACCGUGAUCUGGGCUCCAUCCGCAUGACUCUGAAGAGGUUCCAUAUACUGCGAUCCUCCGUCAAUAUAUAGCAACAUCCUUUGUUCCUUUGGAUGAUGUAGAUAUCGCAGUUUUGUGGCUUAGUUUUUUUACAGAGCACUGAUAGUAUUUCUUCUCCUACAUUUCUCUGCAUCAUAGGCCGCUUUUACUCGGAAUUCUUUUUUAACUUGUAAUACUCGGGGAUAUUUUUGUAAUGCGUUUGAGAGAUCACAAAUUUUGAAGUAUAUUUUUAGUAUGCAGAUUUGUACAUUUGUUUACUUUUUUAGUAACAAAAAUAUGAAUAUUACAUGUUUACUUGUUAUUUUCAGGUAAAUAAUGUCGAUUUUGAAUAGUUAGGGAUCUAUAUGAAAGGCAGAUAUUCUAUCCAGCAUAGGCCCUCUGGAGGGAGUCACUGACCUUUUGUGAGUUGUUGUCCAUUUCAAAAGAUCGUUUUAAAUGAUCACGUUUGUUCUAUUCUUUGUACAUCACAUCAUCUUUGUGAUUAAUGAUGUACUUUUAGUCCCAUAACAUUACUUGACUUUUUCAAAGAAAAUGUGUAUUUGAAUUUUAUUGUCUUUUGCAUCUGUAAUUUAUACCUUUUAAUCUCAUUCUAAACAUUCCAUCUUUCUGUUAAUCCAUGAUGUUGUGAUUGCACCAGUGUUAAACCACCCAAUGGGCACAUGCAAAUACAAUAAUAAUAAGGAAGCCAGCACACCUUUACUAUACUACACAACAGUAAAUACACGUACCUUGAAACAUACUUGUAAGUCUUGGGCCCAACAUUGUAUUGCAAUGCAUGGAAUUUAUAGCUGGACUGUUUUCUUUCUAUUGCCUUGCAGUUUUCUAGAAGUCUUCAGUGACCUACAGUACCUGACAUGAUGUUCACCGGUAUUACAAAUUUAUUGUUAUUCUAAUACACAAUAAAACACUGCUUUCAGACUAUGGAAU